AUGUUUAUCAUUGGGUGUGUGCAAAAUGGUGAUUUGGAGAGUGCCCAGAAGGUGUUUGAUGAAAUGUCUGAGAGACUUAAAUUAGGGGACCGACACCACCAGCAUGGACGAUGGCAAGCAAGGAUUGGAAGAGUUGCAGGGAACAAAGACCUCUACUUGGGAACUUUCAGCACCCAAGAGGAAUCGGCAGAGGCUUAUGAUAGUGCUGCCAUAAAGUUCCGGGGACUGAAUGCAGUAACAAACUUUGACAUGAGCAGAUAUGACGUGAAGAGCAUACAGGGGAGCAGCACGUUGCCCAUUGGUGGGGCUGCGAAGCGAUUGAAAGAUGUUGAGGAGGACGAUGAGGAUUCUCGGCACCGGGGAAAGAACAGAAGAUUGAAUUAG